AUGACAUUAGAAAAACGCAACAAAGAUGAAAACCUACAGAAGAUGCCCCCCAUGAAGUACUUUUGGUGGGGGCUACUAUCAAUGGUACUAGCAUCAUUAGCAUGGAUCAAGUUCUUGCCUCAAAACUGCACCAGAGCAAUAGUGCUACCGUCGACCAUGCAUGACAAAUGCAACGAAAACACAUUGCAGUUGAAGCACAUUUUUCAUCAUGGUGUGGGUCCUGAACAAUAUAUGAUACAUAAACGUCUAGAUGUUACUCCUGAGUACCUAGCUAAGCACGAGCAUUAUUUUACUACGCUAAACGAAGAUCUACAGAUUGAGCUGGACGAGGAGUCUGACUGGCCAAAAGUACACCAUGGAAAGAACCCAUUUGAGAUAAAGCUACCUUUUAAGCAACAACAAAAUAAAGCGAGAAGGCUUAAAGAGCGAAACACGCCAGGAUUUAUCGAUUCAUAUCUCGAAUAUGCCAGAUCUAUCAACGGUAGGGCAGAAAUUCUUGACCGAAUCAAUUUGGAAUGGGUCGAUGACGAUGUUCUGGUGCCAAAUAUGACUGACCGAAAUACUGUCGUUUCUUUAGCUACGAUCGCCUCUAAUGCUUAUGUUCGUUUCCCCAAGGAUGACGAUGAAAAGAAGAAGUCAGAUUGGAUUGAUGUUGGUGGAUGGGACCCCGAUGAGGAAAAUCAUGACAUCAACUUUGGCUGGGACUAUGAUGGAUUACGAGGGCAUGUAUUUGUCAGUGAUGACAACAAAACAGUCGUAAUUGGUAUAAAAGGCACCUCAGGUGCUGGUUUACCUGGAGGUGGGAGUGAUGAAACGCAAGGUAACGAUAAAACCAAUGACAACUUGCUUUUUUCUUGCUGUUGUGCAAGAGUCGGGUAUCUAUGGACUACUGUGUGCGAUUGCUAUGAAAAGACGUACACAUGCAAUCAAGAAUGUCUUGAGAAGGAGUUGCGUAGAAAAGACCGAUACUAUGAAGCAGCAUUGGACAUUUAUAAGAAUGUCACUAAGUUGUAUUCACCAGAGACUACUGAAAUAUGGGUGACGGGUCACUCUCUAGGAGGUGCAUUAGCUAGUCUAUUAGGUCGUACAUAUGGUUUGCCAGCAGUUGCGGUCGAGGCGCCCGGGGAAAUGCUUGCGUCGAAAAGGUUGCAUUUACCAUCCCCUCCAGGACUUCCUAAACAUUUGGAAAACAUUUGGCACAUUGGAAACACGGCUGAUCCAAUUUACAUGGGUGUUUGCAAUGGAGCAUCGAGUAGUUGUAGUUUGGCAGGGUAUGCUAUGGAAACAGCUUGUCACACCGGCUAUCAAUGUGUUUAUGAUGUUGUCACUGAUAAGGGAUGGCGGGUGAAUCUAUUGAAUCAUAGAAUUCACACAGUUAUUGAUGAAAUAAUAUUGACCUACAAUGAGACCGCGAAAUGUGUUGAGCAAGCACCCUGUCGUGACUGUUUCAACUGGAGAUUUGUAUGA